ACACAACAGCCGUUUCUGCGAUUUAUUUUCCGUUUAAAUAACUGCCGGAUCUGCAUUUCAUCGUUAUUUCUUGGGUAUUCUUUCUCGCAUGAACUUUUGUGCGUGUGUGGCUUGAGUUUUUGUGGACAGGCUUGCGCGAAAAUACGAAACACAGCUCAGGAUGGCGCAAAUGGAGAAAUCCAUCCAAUCCGCUUCAACGGUGGAAGACGACGAGCAAUACGGACCACUGCUGAUCGGGAAGCUAGAGGGCAACGGAAUAACGAGCGGCGAUAUUAAGAAGCUGGCCGAGGCCGGCUUCCACACGAUCGAGUCCGUAGCGUUCGCGCCGAAGAAGCAGCUGCUCACCAUCAAAGGAAUCUCGGAGGCAAAGGCGGAUAAAAUACUGCAGGAAGCGACCAAGCAUGUACCGAUGGGUUUCACCACGGCCACCGAAUGGCACCAGAAGCGCUCGGAGAUCAUACAGCUAACGACAGGUUCGAAGGAGUUGGACAAGCUGCUGGGAGGUGGUAUCGAAACCGGUAGCAUUACGGAAAUGUUCGGUGAGUUCCGGACGGGGAAAACGCAACUGUGCCACACACUAGCCGUUACUUGCCAGUUGCCGGUUAGCCAGAACGGGGGUGAAGGAAAGUGCCUGUACAUCGACACGGAGGGAACGUUCCGACCGGAGCGACUGCUAGCGACGGCCGAGCGCUACAAGCUGGUUGGUACCGACGUGCUCGAUAAUGUGGCGUACGCACGGGCUUACAAUACGGAUCACCAGAUGCAGCUGCUUAUGCUCGCUUCGGCCAUGAUGGUCGAGUCGCGCUACGCACUGAUCAUCGUGGACAGCGCAACCAGCCUCUACCGAACGGAUUACUGUGGACGGGGAGAGCUGGCCGCACGCCAGGGACACAUGGCUAAGUUUCUGCGCAUGCUACUACGGCUAGCGGACGAGUUCGGGGUUGCGGUCAUCAUCACCAAUCAGGUUGUGGCGCAGGUGGAUGGGGCUGCAAUGUUCAAUCCGGAUCCAAAGAAACCAGUCGGAGGUAACAUCAUAGGGCACGCAUCCACUACCCGGCUUUAUCUGCGCAAGGGCCGUGGAGAGACGAGAAUUUGUAAAAUUUACGAUUCUCCGUGUCUGCCAGAAAGCGAGGCAACGUUCGCCAUUAAUCCGGAUGGAGUAGGCGAUGUUAAAGAGUAGUUCCUCUGCUAUGCAGCAACGGAUCGACCGGUGACUGUACAUUUACUGUUAAACACAUUCGUGGAAAAAGUUUUUUUUUAUUAAAUAGUCAGCUAAACCUGGCCAGCCGAUGUACAUUAAGAGUGAAUAUCAUUUUGCGCCGAUAAAGACUCAUCCGAACAGAAGGGGUUGCUGUAGACGCUUUCGCGAUCUAGCCUACUUGAUUCAGAGGAAAGGAAACCUCGAAUGACCAUCUUUUCGGAUGUUUCAAAUGUGCGAA